ACAGAUGAACAAACGAAAACAGAUGGUUUUGGAAAACAGUAAACAGAGUACAGCACAUUCAUCACAUUAGUUAAAGAACUGAAUUUAAUUGCACUGUAAAAUGGAAAAUUCGUUCGUUCGAAUGGUCGAUGAAAUAUCAAAUUUGUCCAAAGCUGUGAAAUAUAAAGAUUUCGACGCUAACGUACGCGGCAAAUGGAAUAACUACCUCAAUGAGCUGACUAGUCUAGACUUCAAUGUAAUGAAUGUAACAGAUGUAGAGCUGCCUAAAGAACUCAUUCUGGCAAUGACAACCAUUCCACCGGAGGAAGACAUGCUCAUAGUUAAAUCUAGUUUUAUUCUAACGUCGAUGGGUAAAAAGCAGAAAAUAAAAUUGAGCGAAACGGAUGUGAAAGUCGCAUUGGAAUGGCUUCUGAAUGCAAUCCAAAUAAAUCUAUGCGUAGGUUUAUGUGACAUUUUACGAGCCGUUGAAGUAAUACUGAAGAGCAUAGAGAGUGAUAGUCCGCAGAUUGCUGAUAGCUUGGUGGCAACCAAUCGUGGCAUUUUAAUGAUUCUAUUAACGAAUCCGGCUAAGCUGCAAGACAAAUCAUUGAGCUACGAGAAUUGUUUGCCAAGUGAAAUUCUGCUUUCAACAGUGUCAUGUUUGAAAACGUUACUGAAUUCACCGGUAAAGAUCAAUGAACCAGAACUGAAUGCAAUCAUGACAGAGGUCCACAAGCUUAUCUACAAAAAUGGUGCUGGGAAAUUCAGUGAAUCCAAUUACUGUGUCCUGAUGGCGAGUGCACUAAAUAUUUGUCGACAAAUAUGCGUCAGAGAUCGGGACAUUUGUUUGAACUUCAUCGGUGAAAAUAUGGGCGCAGCGAAAGCUUUUAUGAUGUUCGGACUAUCGGAUGUGGAUCAUUCCGUGCAUCCGCAAAAAGUUAACGUUUCUCAGCAAACCGUAGAACCGGUUACGUUUAAUGCGAACAAAGGUGGAAAGGUGCCGAAGGCACGCAAGCCGGGAACAAUGUUCAAGGGAAGAAAAAAGGGCAACAAAACGAAAAACUUAUCCGUGCCCGACGAGUCAAAAGACUUCAAACUUUCGGACAAUGAGUUUAAUGGUUACACAACCACCAGUGACUCUGAUUCAGCAGAUCCUAGUCGUCAUAAGAAGUCCGUAGAAAUUAAACUGCGAUUGAAUGCGUUAUCACUGAUUGGUGUUAUUGGCAGACUAGUCGAUACAAAAUAUUUAUUCGGCUAUUGGCACAGCCUGUUCCCCUCCGAUAUUGCUACGCCAUCCACGGUCUCCCUGCUUAAUGCGGCAGUUCGUGAUCCGAGUCCUCGUUGUCGCAUAGCCGCAUUACAAGCUGCCACAAUUAUUCUGCACGGAUCUAAACCAUUUUUGUCACAAGCCGAACAAAACGACAAACCUCAUCCAUCGUACAUUCCGUUUUCGGUUACAUUGGGCGAUAUGAUAGUAUCGAUGUACGCGAGUUUGAAUCAAUCACUGUCAACGGAGGGCUCGUUGCCAGUGUUGAUACAGGUGCUGAAAUGUCUGGCCAGCUUAGUGCAGGCAACGCCGUUUAAUCGAAUGAAUUGCCUCAUUACCAAAUUGAUGGUGUUCUUACGUCGUUUGGUUUACCAUAAAGAUCCAUCCAUUCAAGUGAAUGCUCUGAUUGUCAUUUCGUUGAUCAUCAGACACAAUGAAAUAACAAAGGAACUUUCCGAUUGCAUUGGAGCACCACACAUAGCAAGCAAAAAACCGAAAGUGCAACAGGAUGUACAUGGUUCGAGAGUCGAGUGUGCCGAGAUUGAGGAUGAAGAAAUUGAGGACUUUGAUUUCCAAGAACAAACAACUGAAACUGAAGAUUUGGUGAUCGGUACCCAGUCAGUUGACAUAAAUGCGGUACCGAAAAUAUCUUGGCUGCUGCAAGUGGUGCUAUCGAAUUUAGGUGUGACAUUGAACGAUUCACCGCGUAAUCCUGCUGGGCAGUCAGUGACAAUGGUUCGAAUUGAAAGCCUUCAAAUGAUAUCCACGAUUGCCACCCAUUUCGAAUUGGUAAAACAUUCUCUACAAGAAAUAGCCGAAGCAAUCAGCAACUCAUUCGACAGUGACUGUCUAGAGAUACGAAUGCAUGCGGUAAAAUGCUUGGAUGUUGUUGGCUACUGGAUAAACAUGCAUUUGACCAAUGAGCAGAUGACGAAUAGAAAUGACAUCGAACUGUGUCUAUCGUUUUGGACGACCGUUAUGCCGAAAGUGUUUGCUGUCAUUCAGCUUAACAAUGAUGUGGCAGCAUUGAAGUCGAUUUGUUGUGAUUCGCUUUCCAACAUUGGUAGUUACAUCUUUGAAAGAUUGGAGCAUAAGAAACAAAUGGCUUUGAUAUCUCUACUAUCUGGCUGUACAUUCGAUGAGGAGUUAAUGGUGCAAGCGGCUGCAGUGCGUGCCUUAGCAGUUUAUAUCAUGUUUCCGUCUUUACGGGAAAACGUGUUUUUCGUUGAAAACACAUCGGACGCGGUGAUACGCUCAUUGCAACAAGAUAACUUGGACAUUCGAAUAAAGGGUUCAUGGGCGUUGGCUAACGUAAGUGAUGCACUCGUUGCGAAUGGCUCUGACACAAAUGAGGAAAUUGUAUCGAAUGACUUGCUGAAACGAUUGUUCGAUGUGUCCUUAAUAUGCAAAGACAAUGACAAAGUACGUUGUAAUGCUGUACGAGCCAUUGGCAAUUUGCUACGGUUGUUAACCUUGGACCACUUGAAAUUGGAAUGUUGGACCAAUUUGGCAUUACGUUCGGUGCAGGAGUUGAAUCACAAUAUUUGCCAUCGGGGUAAUGCAAAAUUGAAUUGGAAUGCCUGUCAUGCUGUUGGUAAUUUUAUGAAAAAUGCAGCGAUGUUCAGUCCAAGUAUCAACUUAGAUUGGCAGGAUGAUGCUGUAAAAACGCUGUGUCAGGUUGUCGUUCGUAACGCAAACUUUAAGGUACGCAUUAAUGCAGCGUCUGCAUUGGCAGUUCCAACGGAUCAGAUCUUUCUGCAAAGUCAUUUUGCCUAUAUUUGGUCAACGCUUUUGGAAGCAUUAGAUCGAUCCGAUGAAAUAACCGACUUCAACGAAUACCAACACAGGGACCACCUUACGGAACAGCUGUGCGUAACAAUAGCCCACUACAUUCAGAUGGCGAAAAUGGAGCAGCUCAUCGCAAUGGAAAAAGAAGUACUGCGAUUUGACUCAACGAAACGGAAUUGGUCGCGAGUAAUCAACCGAAUGAUACCCGAGAAAGCCACACCAUUAAUUGCGGCCGCAUUGAGAUUAAAGAAUUUGUUGACGGAAGCGGUAAGACCCGAUCAAGUGAAAGCUCUAACUAUACUAACGAGUACUUUCGAGUCAAUACUGAAUUGAAAUGUUAAACUAACCCGAGAUUUUAUGAAAUAAAAAUUUUGUUUUUCACGAU